AUGGAUGUAGGAGUGAUGGUGCUCGUAGGUGAUAUUUGUGUGAGAGAGAUUUUUAUGUUUAUGAAAAAGGAAGUAUUCAGGCUAAAACAUAUGCCAGUUGUAACUACAAAGAAAAAUGUUGGAGCCUCAAGACGUGAAACUUACACAGAGGAUUUUAUUAAAAAGCAAAUUGAAGAGUUCAACAUAGGAAAGAGACAUUUAGCCAACAUGAUGGGUGAAGAUCCAGAAACUUUUACCCAAGAGGAUGUUGAUAGAGCCAUUGCUUACCUUUUCCCAAGUGGUUUGUUUGAGAAACGAGCCAGGCCAAUAAUGAAGCAUCCUGAACAGAUUUUUCCAAAACAGAGAG